GGAGAAAUUUGACAGACAGGUUCGUCCUGAGGAAGGAAGGAGAAUCCAGGCUGUCCUUGCAGGCAGGACCCCAGAAAUGGGUAGGAGGGCUCUGCCCCAGGAACGCGGGGCACCGAGGAGACAGGAAGGACUCACAGGCGUGUUCUCAGGAAGGCGGGGGAUGGAAGCUGUCACAGGAAAAUAGAGAAGCCCUGAUGGCUGUGACAGAAAGCCCACACUCCGGGGCCAGGAGAGGGUUUGUGUUUCCUUCCCUAUUUCCCUGCACUUCUCCUCAGUGGGCAUCCCUACCGUGACCUUGACCUGAGCCUUGCAGAAAUGUCACAGGUGUGUCUGCACUGACACAAGGUCGCAGAGGAGCUGGACCCCUCCUCCCUGCAGCAUCUCUGGGGCCUGGGGACCCCGUGUGAGGCAUCGAGGUCCCUCCCUGAGCACAGCUGGGGCCAGAGGCAGAGACGCCAUGACCCUCUCCCUCGCGGCCCUGCUCCUCCUUGGGCUGAGUGUGGGGCCCAGGACCCAAGCACAGGCAGGGACCCUCCGCACACCCUCCAUCUGGGCUGAGCCGGGCUCUGUGGUCCCGUUGGGUCAUGCUGUGACCAUCUGGUGUCAGGGGACCCUGGAGGCCCUGGUGUUCUUUUUGUAUAAAGAGGAACAUGAGGGGCACUGGGAUGUUCAUUUCCCAGAGAAGCCUGGGAACACGGCCAAGUUCUCCAUCACAUACAUGACAGAUACAUAUGCAGGAUGGUAUCGCUGUUUCUACCGAAGUCCCACUGGCUUGUCAGAGCACAGUGACCCCCUGGAGCUGGUGCUGACAGGAGUCCAUGUCAAACCCAGUCUCUCAGCCGUGCCCAGCCCCUUUGUGUCCUCAGGAGGGAUGGUGACCCUCCAGUGUGCCUCAUGGGAGAAAUUUGACAUGUUCGUCCUGAUGAAGGAAGGAGAACCCAGGCCCUCCUCCACCCUGGACUCCCAGAGACACAGCCGUGGGCACUUCCAGGCCCUGUUCCCUGUGGACCCCGUGACCCCCAGGCUCAGGUGGACGUUCAGAUGCUAUGGCUAUUACAGACACGCCCCCCAGGUGUGGUCACAGCCCAGUGACCCCCUGGAGCUCCUGGUCUCAGGACCCUCUGUGGACCCCAGCCUCCCACUCACAGGACCUAGCCCCACAGCUGCUCUGGCCACAGGAGAAGGCAGGACACACGGAGACAAUGCAACAGGCCAUCCCAGUCCAGGUCUUGAAAAGUACCAGAAAAUUUUGAUCAGGGUCUCUGUGGCCUCAGUCCUGCUGCUCGCCCUCCUUCUCCUCCUUCUCCAACUCCAGCACCAGAAAAAAUGCUGCAAUUCAGGUGCUUUACAUCCUGAAGCUGAGAACAGAGCCCUGCGGAAAAGCUCCGGCUCCGGCUCAGUGGCUCCCGCCCGGGAGGAGACACAGUAUGCUGAGGUGAGAGAGUUCCAGCCCGAGGAAGACACACAGAAGGACAGGCAGGCUGUGGCAUCUGAAGACCCCCAGGAUGUGACGUAUGCCCAGCUGAAAAGCCUGAAUCUUGAACAGGAGACGAGUGCACACCCUUCCUCCCAGGCAGGGGAGCCCCCCGCAGAGCCCAGCAUGUAUGCUGCCCUGGCUGUCCACUAGCCCUGGAAGGACCCACACUCCACACUCCAGGGACGGGCCACCGGGAGCCCCAGGACGCAGUGAGGCGGCCCCCGAGGACACUCAACUAAUGUCCCCUGGGCCUGGGGAUCCCUCAUACGCAAGCAGGAUAUCCUGGAGCUUCAGAAGUCACCUAAUUCUGCAGAUGGAGAUGAGCUCCAUGUUUUUAGAACAAACGGAAAACACUAGCCUGAUGCUCAAGAGAAGCACAAAUGAAGAGAGGACCGCUUCUUCUCCUUUUUUCCCCACUCCAGUGAUAAUGCAAACAUUCUACAUCAAUGCAUAGUUUUACUUAAAUGGUAAUGUAAAUGCUAUCUGCCCAGAUGAAAUGGGGACAGUCAGUGCCUGAAUGCAAUUUCUGCGAAGAGAAGAGAGCCUGCAAAUCGACAAUCCAGGCAACAUUCUAUAGGAGAUAGAAAAAGAAUAGCAAAUUCAUCCCUUGGCAGGGGGUGAAAAUCAUAUGACCUUAUGUUGAUCAUAAAGAAUUGAAAAGAGAAAGAGGACAUCCAGAUGGCCUACAGGCAUAUGAAACGAUGCUCAACAUCACUCAUCAUCAGGGA